AUGAAAGAUACCAAAACAGUAUUGCCAACGGUAAAUGGUGGUGGUGGUGGCAAUGGAGAAAAUAAAAAUGGUUUUCAUCACAAAAAUAAGACACACGAGAAUGGAAAUAAUGAUGAUAAUGAACAUUCAACAGUUACAAUGCCAUUAAAACAUGAUCUAGAUGAUAAUGAAGAACUUGUUGGUGGCUGUUGCGUUUGUUCUGACGAUCAAGGCUUUGCUAAUAAUGCUCUCGUUUAUUGUGAUGGUAAAGGAUGUACAGUUGCUUGUCAUACGGCUUGCUAUGGUAUUGUAACAAUACCGGAUGGUGAUUGGUAUUGUGGACGAUGUGAAGCUAAUGAUAUUCGAGCGCCUUGCCGUUUAUGUCCUACAACUGAAGGUGCAAUGAAGCGAACAUCAGAUGGUGAUUGGGCACAUGUUGUUUGUGCAUUAUACAUACCUGAAGUAUCCUUUGGGGAUGAUGCUACAAUGGAACCAAUAAUACUAUCGAAAAUUCCAUCACCGCGCUAUGGACAAGAAUGUUCAAUUUGUGUACAAAAUGGACGUUCAAAAUUGAUUGCAACAAGUGGUGCAUGCUGUGGAUGUACAGUUAAAAAUUGUUUACAAGUCUUUCAUGUUACAUGUGCACAAGCAAAUGGUUUACUAUGUGAAGAUGUUAGAAAAAAUAAUUGUCAAUAUCCAAUUUAUUGUGAACAACACCGUCCAAAACUAUCAAAAUUUAUACGACAAAUUCAAGCUUUUCAAUAUUCACCUAAUGCAUUAGUGUCAAUGGAACAAAUCAAGCGACAGCAUUUAUAUUUGAAAGAAAAAGAAAGUCCAUCACAAUUAUCAGAUUUUGUUGCUGCUGCUGCAGCUGAAGCAGCAGCUAGUGAACCAACUUUACCUGCAACAUCAACAUUAUCAUUAGAUGAUACACAUAAUCAAACAACGACAAGUGAUGAACAACAAACGCCUGUUUCACGUGCUUUUAGUACUGUAGAAAUGUUGAAACGAAAAUCAUCAUCAAAUACAAAUUCAUCAUUAUCAUCAGCAUCAACGCCAAAUUCUCCUCUUGUACAACAAAAAUGUCAUUCACGUUCAUCGUCAUCGUCGUCGUCGUCGAAUUCAUCAUUACAAAAGAAAGCAAAAUUAACUGAUGAAUUAAAUACCAACAAUAGAUCACUCAAUGAUCUUUCACAAUUUGUUCAAUUAAAUAAAGACGAGCGAACUCUUCAACCACUUGCAUCUAAUCAAUCCAGUGAAAAAGUGAAAACAACAGUGACAAACAAAUCAGAUUCUUCAACAACAGAUGCAAAAGAGAAAACAACUAAUGAUACAAAAUCAUCGAAUUCAAAUCACGGUCAUCAAUCAGUGUUGCAUACCGUCGAAGAAAAAUCAUCAGUAUCUCGUUCCUCAACAUUGUCUUUGAAUGAUAAUUCUAAUAAUAAAUUUUCUACAAAAGAACGCCAUUCAACUGAUGGUGUAUCAACAAGUAUAAAAUUAACUUCAAUAAAAAAAUCUAUCACGACGACAAAAAUCAAAGAUGAUGAUAACGAUGAAGAUUUUGAAUUAAAUAAAAAACGUAAAUUUUCUACUAAAUUAAACAAAGAUGGACAACCACAUAAAAAACGUCUAAAUUCAGUUGAAGGUGCUCCAAGACCUGUCGGUCGACCUCCAUCGAAGAAAACCGUAUUAGCACAACAAUUAACCAAUGGUGUAAAACGUCCAUUUCCAAAACCUACCAUCAAUAAUAAUAAUCAUAAUAUGAAUAUGAAACAACAAAAAGUUAAUGAUGCAUCAAUAAAUAUACAUAAAAUUUCAACUGAACCUGAAACCGAUAAUGAAAUUAAGUUAAAUUCUCGCUCUACACAUUAUUAUCCAUGCGAUCAUUUCGGUAAUCAAAUCAAUUCAGAUGCUUUAAAGCAACAUGGACAUUCCGAUGAACACCUACAGCAAAUUUCCCCUUCAGGUAACAUAAAAAACUCACAUAAUUCAAUUAGACAAUGUCUAGUGUCGUUUUCAGAUACAAAUGAAGAAACGCCCCGAACUCGUGUUCCUUCAUCAUCAACAACACGUAUUGAAUUUUAUCCUCGAAGACCAUUACAAAGUACAUCAACCCAAUCAACAACAACCGAUCAGCAACAACAACAACGUACAUUUCCACCACAAACAUUAGAAGAAUUUCUUGAACAAGAAUGGGAAUUAUCAAGUGAUUUUCUAUUACAACAAACAAUGCCACACGAUGUUUCAUCAUUAUUAUCUUGUUUAUAUCAAUUUAAAUCUGAGAAUGCUUCGUUACAAAAGAAAUUCGAAGAGCUUAGACAUCGUCGAGAUUCACUUCGUGUAACAAAUGCAAAUCUUCGACGUCGACUCGCAGAAAUUCUACCAAUCAAUGAUACAGUUUCUCCACCUUCCACAGCAGCAACAACAACAACAACUGUUAGUCAAGUAUCACCACCAACACUGCCGCCACCGCCACCGCCACCGCCACCGCCACCACUACCAUCACACCCUCAUCCAGUUUUGCCAUCAACAGUCUUAUCUGUUGUUCCACCAAGUCCACGUAAAGAACAACAACAACUUAAACAACAAAAGCUUCUAGCGGAAUUAGAACUUCAACAACACUUACAACAACAAAAAGCAAUAUCACCAUCACGAAGACGCUUAUCAACAAAUACCAAUCAUCAAUAUACAGAUUCUUGUCAACCAACAAUAAAAAAAAGUAAAUCACCACGUCAAACAAAUUCAUUAGCACAUCAAUCUAUACUUGAAAAUCAACUUCGACAAUCAUCGAUUACUACUACUACUACUACUACUACUAACAAUAACGGUCCUAACCCAACAAAAAAAAUAACUGUAGCAACAAUACCUAGCAGCAAGAAAGUCAUAACAUCUGAAAUAGAUAUUAUUUCUCAGCAUCAAUCAACAUCAGCAAUUCCUUCUGUAGUUCCAACAACUACAUCUUCAACAACAACAUCAACCUAUGAACAUAUCGAUGUAACUACUUCAGCCGCUGCUGCAGCAUAUGCUUUAGCAAAAAAUGGACGAACACCCACAAAUACUGGUCUUAGUCUUGAACUUAUAUCACAAAUUCUAGCUGCUAGUGGUACUGCAAUUAGUCCUCAACUUUUUGCACCAACAUGGAAUAUUUCCAAUUUCGGUUAUGCUAAUUUUCCUGGAGCUAAUCCAAUGCCAGCCUCUGAUGAAUCAAUAUUACGUUCCUAUGCUCCAUCAACACAGCCUUCUCUCGAACAACAACCAUCGACAAAACAACAGCCAUGA